GUAUCUUUGUCAUAUAACUGUAGUACUGCAUUCCAAGGGUUCAUACAAAACGUACAUUACGUUCUACAGAGAAAAUGACAGGGCUUGACCAUAAAUUAUAUACUACAUUGUUACAUGAUCGUCUUUAAAAUCCUGCAAAAAAAGCCAAGAUUUUCACAGGGAAAUUUAAAAAUUAAACACCCAGAAGUCUAUUCAAACAAUCUAGUCUGCUUUCAUGAUCUUCUAAGCAAUUUCUUGUUGAUUUCUCUGCGUUUCUUCCAGGAUUACUUUCAAUCUUUUUCUGCAGCUGCUUGUGAGAUUUUGAUAUGGAGAAGAAUCAGGAGAUAGAGUGGAGCAAAGCUCAACAGAUUGUUAUAAGUGAGGAUCUUGUGGCUACUGCUAAACAGCAGCUUCUGUUUCUUGCAGCUGUUGAUCGGAAUCGCUGGCUUUACAAAGGCCCUGCACUACAAAGAUCAAUUUACAGGUAUAAUGCUUGUUGGCUUCCGUUGCUUGCUAAAAAUGCCGAGUCUCAGAUCUCUAAAGGACCUUUGGUUGUUCCUCUUGAUUGUGAAUGGGUUUGGCACUGCCACAGGCUUAAUCCAGUAAGGUAUAUAUCUGAUUGCAAGAAGUUUUAUGGAAGGAUUCUUGAUAAUUGCAAUGUUGCAUCAUCUAUUCAAGGGGCUUCAGGAAGUGAGACAGAAGAGAUUUGGGAAAGGUUGUACCCAGACGAGCCCUAUAGCUUUCAACCCGAUACAUCAUGCUGGGACGAAACAUUAGAGAAAGCAGCUGAUGCUGAAAAGCACACCACAUACGAUCUUGUUUUAGCUAUUGAAAGACAGAGUCCAUUCUUCUACCAGGUUUCCAGACCCCAUAUGAAGAAUGACUUAUUUCUUGAGGGAGCCGUGGCCAGAUAUAAAGGUUUUCUGCAUCUAAUUAAGAAAAACAGAGAGCAUAUGCUCAAACGCUUCUGUGUUCCCACCUACGACAUUGACUUGAUAUGGCAUUCUCACCAGUUGCACCCAGUGUCUUACUGCAAAGACCUGGUCAAACUUAUUGGGAAGGUUUUGGAACAUGACGACACAGACUCAGACAGAACAAAAGGGCAAAAACUGGAUGUUGGUUUCUCUGAAACUACAAGCCAGUGGGAGCAAACAUUUGGCUCAAGAUAUUGGAGAUCUGGCUCAAUGUAUAGAGGCGCUGCUCCAUCUCCUCUGAUAACCAUCCCAUUUAUGUCAAAAUCCAUGACCAAUAAGAUUGUAGCGACUGAUGUGCAGCAACAAAUCAUAAGUCUUCCUGAGCUGAAGUCUGUGGAGGUCAUGCUGGAGUUUGUUGAUAUAAAGAACUUGCCUGAAGGACUCAAGGGAAGUGUCUACGUCUCUUUUAGCAAGGCACAGCCAGAUGCAAUAUUUAACACGAAGAGAAAACUGAAUAUAUUGUCUGAGUAUGGGGAGAAACAAGUUGCCUUAUUCAACUGUGAACCAUCUGGACUCUUGCUUUUUGAAGUUCUCGUGCACUCAAAUUCCAACUUAGCAAUAUCAAAACCCAAAGCUUUAGGAUCCGCUACUAUCUCGCUAGAAGAUUUUCUCGUUCCCGUCUCCAGUCUCUCAGUGGAAAAAUGGCUGGAGGUCGUUCCUCCCUCUGGUCUUGUCAGUGCGAAUCCAAUCUCUAUCAGAGCAGCCCUCUCAUUUAAUAUUCCAAGCCCAGCAACACAUGUGCUUCACAUAGUUCGUUCUCGUCCAUUCUUGAAGGGUUCCUGUUUCUCACCUCUUCCGGAAGUUCAAUUUGCUAAGAGUUGGACACACAUCAGCGAUGAAAAUGGAAAUAAGCUCAUUAGCCUUCAAAUGAGGGACAAUAGAAAAUUGAAGCGAGCGGAUAAUGAACUUUUAAAGAAAGAGGUGAUUGGCAUCACUGAAUCAGGCGAAACACGCACUCUUGCAAAGUUGGUGGGAACAAAGUGGUCUUUGAUAGAUUCUUCAUGGUCUGUUCGAAUUCUUACUAGUGUUGAUAUUGGAGUUCCCUUUUUUGAGCUUACAGGUCACCGCACGGUAAGAUAUUUUCCUGGCAGAAAAUUGGAAUAUGAACCAAAGCACUGCGAGAAGAGUAGAAGUGACCUAGAUUUUCUCACAGCAGUUCAAUUCUCAGCAGAAGACCCAUACGGCCGUGCGGUGGCAUUGUUGGACUUAAAAUAUGGAAUUUACAAGGUACAAGAAGAUUGGUUUGUGAUCCCUGGUAUUAUACUUGGUUUUAUAUAUUCUGAAACUUUGAGAAAGAAAGGAUAUAGUGGCCUUGCUAAUUUUGCUAGUGAAAAUCCAAAGGAGGGUGCUUUGAUUCAAGGAGUCAACACCUGUGAUGAAAAAGAACAGAAAACUGACUUUUGCGGUGAGGAGAAAGGAUCGGAGCUGAUCCCUGAAGGUGCUGAAGGGAAUGCAGUGGCACCUUUAAUCGGAGGAUGUGGAAACUGUGGCAGUGAGUGCGGUAAUGUGACGAGGACUGUGGAUUUCGGUGGAUGUGGUAGUGGUUGUGGAGGUGAAUGUGGAAAUAUGUUGAAAAGUGGUGGUUGUGGAGGUUGUGGUGGCAGCAGCGGUUGUGGAGGCUGUGGUGGCAGCGGUGGCUGUGGAAAUAUGGUGAAGAGUGGUGGUUGUGGCGGCUGUGGAGGUGGUUGUGGCGGCUGUGGAGGAGGUUGUGGAAAUAUGGCAGCGAGUGGAGGCUGUGGAGGUGGUUGUGGCAGCUGUGGUGGUGGUGGAUGUGGAAAUAGACUAGCGCCUGCCAGCAUCGAUGGCAAUCAAGCAAACAUGCAAUGUGAAGCAAUAAUGGCAUAGUAAGUUUCGUACUUUAAGCAGUCUACUAGGAGCAUGCUAUGUCUCUGAAGAGCUGCACUUUGAAAUAGUUGUUAAUUCUUGGUGUGUAAAUCUGCAUAAUAAGGGGAAUCCAUGUCUCAUAAUGAAUUAAUCUUCCGAGUCUGUAUACAAGUCGACCAUUAACCAUCUUUCAGUGUUGUAUGCUAUUUCUAUCCUGCUCUUGGUGCUCUAUGUUGGUCAGCAUUUUCAAUUGUUCAUUGUUGCAAGUGUUUCUAAAUAAAUUGUUUUGCAACAUCUCAUUGUAAGAUAAUCACUUCAUAUUAUAAUAUACUGGUUUGUGAUUA